UCCGCAGUUCCCAUUCAGACGCCGGUCUGUCCGGAAUAUAUAUUCCGACUUCUUUAGCUAAUUCAUACGUCUGCGCCGUCGUCUCCGUCCGGUUCUUCUUCUUUGCCAGUUAUUCGAGUGCAAGAGUAACUGUUGUUUGCGUGCUUUGCGUGCAAGAGAGCGGACAAAACGAUUAUUUAAUUUACCCGCAUUCCGCUUUUUUUAAGCGGCGGGCCGCGUGUGAACGAAUCCGAAAAUCAUAUAUACAUAUAUCUGUCUGUGUGUAGAUCUGCAGAAUGUUAUACAAUAUGCCGGAGUAACCAUCUGACCCAAAACAAAGGUCAAGCCGAUACGCGCUAAUCUAACUUCCGAUCCAAGUGCAAACUCCUCACCAUUUUACUUGCUGUCCCCCCCCUCUCUCUCUCUCUCUCUGUUAUCACUGUUUUUGUUGCUGUACUACUAGCUGGUGGAACAGUGAAAACAUAUUAGAAAAGUACAAAAUUCAAAUUACAAAAUGGGUUGCAUGCGCUACUUGUCGGAGGCUCAUUUGAGGGGCUUCGAGCGUUACAAGUACAACAGCAUUGACACGAGUUUUCUUAGUGUCUAUGUGAUGCACCCUUUCUGGAACUACUGUGUAAAGUUUAUUCCCAAAUGGCUGGCGCCCAAUGUUCUGACCUUCGUGGGCUUUCUCAUGACUGUCGUCAACUUUAUAUUGAUAGCUCAUUAUGACUGGGGCUUUACAGCUGCCAAUUCAGAGACGGGCAACACAGUGCCCGCCUGGGUUUGGACAGUGGCGGCCAUAAAUAUACUUAUUUACUAUAACUUGGAUGGCAUGGAUGGCAAGCAGGCUCGCAGGACUGGAACGAGUGGACCUCUGGGGGAGCUAUUCGAUCAUGGAUUGGACUCCUAUUCCGCUGCCCUGAUACCCAUUUACCUAUUCUCCCUUUUCGGCACAAAUGAUUUGCCACCGAUUCGCAUGUUCUUUGUGAUCUGGAACGUAUUUCUCAAUUUCUAUUUGACGCAUGUGGAGAAAUACAACACGGGAGUUAUGUUUUUGCCCUGGGGCUACGACUUCACCAUGUGGGGUGUUAGUGGCAUGCUGUUUGUGGCAACUGUCUUUGGACCUGAGAUGUAUCGCUUUAGCAUGUAUGGUUUUACUGUGGCCAAUAUGUUUGAAGUAGUUCUUAUUGGUUCCGGCAUGGUCAGCAGUCACCCUAUUAUAGCUAGAAAUAUCUACCUUUCCUAUAAAAACAAGACGGGAAAAAUGCGACCUAUUUGGGAAAUGCUGCGUCCCUUCUUUGCGUUCUUGUGGCUUUUUGUGAUCACUCUAAUCUGGUCGUUCUUUUCUCGCAAUAAUGUUAUCAAUCUGGAACCACGUAUUUUAUGGAUACUCUAUGGCACAAUAUUCUCAAACAUUGCCUGCCGCCUGAUUGUGGCCCAAAUGUCGGACACGCGUUGCGAUGCCUUCAAUGUGCUCAUGUGGCCAUUGGCCGCCACCGUGGGUGUCUGCUGUUUUCCCUAUUACCAGCAGGUUUUCGACACGGAUCUCUCGCCAGAUGUUGAACGAUGGAUUGUCCAGGGUCUCACAAUCUUCUCAACAUUAGCCCACUGGCAUUACGGCUACGGUGUGGUCUCUGAGAUGUGCGACCACUUCCACAUUCGCUGCUUCAAAGUAAGAAAAUCUAGCAGCCAACCUGGUUCAGAUUUAACUCAACAACUUCUACAAAAUGAUAAUAACAUCAAAACGUUGAAAAGCCAUUGAAACUAAAUCGCCCACUAACCAAAAUCACAUCAAUCAAAAAACGGGGACAACCAAAAUCAACCAUCUUGUGAUAUAUAGUUAAUAUAUACAUAUAUAUAAAUGGGUUCCAAAACAUUUAGCCCUCGCCUAAAUUCUAGGUUCUAAGUGGUCCAUACUCAAAUCAAAACACUAAACCGAUACUCGCCCCACGCGGUUUCUAAUGUGGUAAAGUCCAUAUGAAGAUAUUAUGUAAUCAAAAACCUAAUCGUAGGCUAAGAACCUAAUCGUACUUAACUGUAGGAUUUAACUAAGUUAAGUGCAUGCCAUGAGCGAACUUCGUAGCAAAUUUAACGAGCAUGUUGAUAUAUAUGUAUAGCAGCGCUAACUGCAUGAUCCGAUAAGUAUUAUGUGCCUGAAGACAGCUACUAAAUGUAGUUGUAUAACUAUGAUAAUGCAAAGGCUAUGUUGACUGUACCGCCCAUCGUAUUGUAAUUUUCUGUAGAUCACGAAACCGACUGUCGCCGCUGAGCAGGAGCUGCAGGAAGUUGUUGAAGACGCCAAGCCCGCGGAAAACGUUGAAGAAGUCUAGAAC